AUGAAUUAAUAGAAUUCUAAAAACAACCACAAUUUUUUGGAUACUACUAUCAGAACUCCUUUAAAUAAAUAAUUAAAAAUUAUAAACCUGUUGAGAGAAGGAAAUGAUGAAACUUUGUAUAAAGCAUAAUCUAUACAAAAUCAAAACUCGUGCCCUAUAGAAUUUAUCUUGAAAUCUUAUUAAACAAUGAAAGAAUCCGAAAAAGAUUUCAUUUAGAAAUUAAUUUAUACUUAAAAAUAGUCUGACACAGGUAUUGUAACUAUUUUUGAAUUAUUUGAAUAACAACAAAAUUAUUUAGUAAUAAUGGAAAUGGGAACAAUCAAUUUACAUGAUUACAUCAAAAAUUAAUCAUCUCUAACAAUAGAAAAAAAAAUUGAAAUUUGCAAUCAUGUAAAUAUUAUGUAAAUUCUUAGCUUUUUACACCUAUUAAAUUUAUGCAUUCUGAAAAAUUCUAUCACAAAAAUCUCAAACCAGAAAGCUUUGUUCUUAUAGAGAAUAGAUUUAAAUUAAUUGAUUUCGGGUUAAUGAUGAAAGGAUAUGAUUAAAAUAACAGUCACACUCAACAUGUUGGAAAAACUAUAUACUCAGCUCCAGAAAUCAUUUUCCAAACAUAUGAAUGUUCUGAAAAAGUAGACUCUUGGGCCUUGGGUUGUAUAAUUUACGAGAUUCUUUCUGGAGAGUCAUUUUUUCUUAGAAGUAUUAUAUCAUAUCUAAAAUGUUAGAUGAAACGGUAGAAGAUUUAAAAUGUUAACUCUAUCAGUAUUAAUAAAAAUAGGAUUCAUACCUUAAAAAAAUUGACUAAUUACAAAUAUCUGAAUAAAUUUAAAGAACCUUGAAGUAAAUGUUAGACCCUAACCCAUAAAAGCGUAUAUCGAUUUUGGAAGCCUUAGAAGCAUUUAUAAACAAAUAAAGUAAAACUUAAAUGAAUCCAGUAUUUUAAACUCAAACAAAUCAAGUAUUUUAAACUCAAACAAAUCCAGUAUUUUAAACUCAAACAAAUCCAGUAUUAUAAACUUAAUAAACAUAUUAAUAAUCAAAUAAAACCUAAUAAUAGCCUACAUAAUCUUUAGCUUCUCCUUUUUAAUAAUAAACUACUUAAAAACAAUAGUUAUCUUAGACUAAUAUUCAAUAAGUUUUUAAUUAACUUCUAGGUGAAAUCAAAUAAUAAAUUUCUAAAAAUUAAAAUUAAAAAAUAGAAAAUAAAGAUGCAAAAAAGCAAAUAAGAGAAAAUGAGUCAAAAUAGUCUUAAAAUGAUGUAGAAAAUGCUUCUCAUUAAAUUAAUAAAAUUAUCCAUAAUUUAAAAAAAAAUGUCUAGGAAAAACAAGUAUAAUAAAUAUAAGAAAUUAAUAAAUAAUAUGAAUUAAAGUUAGAAGACAAAGAUAAAGUAAUAGAUGAAUUAAAGAAAUAAUUAGUGGAUAAAUAAAGAGAAAUUGAAUAAUAAAUAAAAUCUAAUAAUGAAUUGGUUUAAGAAAGCAAGAAACUUUAAGAAUAAAUAAAUAAUUUUAAUUGUAAAUCUUAGGAAUAAGAAACAUAGAUAAAACAAUAAUAAGCAUUGAUAUAAAAAUAAGAAACAUAGAUAUUAGAAUAAGAAACAUAAAUUUAACAAUAAGAAACACAGAUUUAAGAAUAAUAGAACUUAAAUUAUUUAGUUAAUUAAGUGAUAAAUAUAAUAUAGAGUAGAAAGUAAGAAUAAUGUUAAAAUAAUCAACAGUAGUAAUAACAAAAUAAUGAAGAAGAGACUCUCUUUUAAAAGCUUUUUGACGAACUAAGCUAAAUUUGUAAAAGAUUUUGA